UAGAAGCGUCAUUUUCCCGUCUCCGUCCUUGCGAGUAUGGGGUGCAACCAGUCGUCGGAAGCGCACCAGCCUGUACGACGCGAGCCCGAGCGGCCGAAUCCUGCGCCAAUCCCUCCGCUCGCACGUGUCGAUACCAAGCCCGUAUUCCAGACGAAUGUCCUACCGCCCAACACGACCACAGCCGAGGUUGACUGGAGUCAGUAUGCUGAGCUUGAGCAAUUCAAGGCCCAGUAUUGGGUUGAUAUCGAAGAUCUCACGAUUGUGCGUCCUGUCAAGUCGAGCUACAUGAAGACUGAAAUGGGCAACUUGCAUGGAGAGUCUGUCUUGCUCAAGUCGAUUGACACGGCUGCGCCAGCCGACACGAUCGUCAAAUCGCGCAAAGCUUUGGUUGCUGAAAUCUCGUCGAUGGCGCGAACGCACCAUCCCAACAUCGUUGGGUUCAAGGGAUUCUCCAUCAGCCCUGAAAUGGGCUUGGUGUGCAUUUCAGAGUACAUGGAGAGCAAAACUCUUCGUGGGUUGCUGGACAACCCGAAGCAAUUUGCCAAGCUCACGUGGGCGAACGAAAAGAUCAACUUCGCCAUCGACAUUUGCUCGGCGCUUGUGUACAUGCAUCAGCUUAAGCCAACGUUGAUCCAUCGCAACGUGAAGGCAUCCAAAGUUCUCUUGAAUCGAUCUCGCACGAAAGCCAAACUCAGCGGGUUCGGCGCGAGCCGCGACCGGUCGUUCGAACAGGAAAUGACCAACAAAAUCGGCGAAAUCGAAUGGAGUGCGCCGGAACUUAUCAUGGACGAUGAAGACUACACGGAAAAGAUUGACGUGUACUCGUUUGGGGUGCUUCUCACCGAGCUCGACACGGGGGCGCUCCCGUAUGCCGACAUCAAGGAUACGAUGCACGCGACUGCGCUCACCAACAAACUUGUGUCUGGCGCGCUGCGGCCGAAACUGAGCCCUGAAUGUCCCGCCGAGAUCGCCAAGGUCGUCAAGCACUGCCUGCAACAGGACCCGCACAUUCGUCCGUCCAGCGCCAAGGUGCUCGAGAUGCUUAAGGCGGCCAAGGCGUCGCUGACCAGCCCGGAGCAGCACCCUUGAUGUGCUGCCUCCACAUUUAUUAGUACUACUACUUCAACUACUACCUUCUCCUAGUAGUAGUACGUCGACCGAUCUCGAUGAAUGAAAAAGCCCAUCGCUACCAA